AUGGAUCAUUCAGCACAUGAAGGACAAAGUCUCAACCCAGAGCUGAUUCCUGAAAUUGCAUCAGUUGCAACUCCAUUCCAGUUUUCUCCGCAAACUUUGCUCGGCGUGUCAUUAUCAGUCGCUGUCCUACUUGUAGGGAUCCUGGUUUUCUUUGCCAGAAGAAAGUCGAGGUCGAAAGGGAAUGCCAUACUACUUGUUGGACCACCAGACGCUGGCAAGACGGCUAUUCUAUCAACACUUGUUUACAAGCAGACACUCCCGACUCAUGCCUCACUUCAAUCCAACACAUCGAUAGUCACACUCGCAGACAAAAAAGCAUUGUCUGUGGUGGACAUUCCAGGGCAUCCUCGUAUCAGAGAUCAGUUUACCGAAUAUCUGGCGGAUGCAAAAGCAGUCGUGUUUGUCGUCGAUGCCAGCACUAUCUCACGUAAUGGCCCUGCUGUAGCUGAACAUCUGCAUCGAGUCCUACAUACGCUUGUGUCGAUUCCACCGUCACAGACACCACCAUCUCUGCUCCUCCUAGCACACAAGUCCGAUCUCUUAAAAACGAGUAACACAUCCGCAUCUGGAUCCCCAGAUCAGCUCGCUGUCAAUCGUGUGCGUACCGUCCUCGAACGUGAGCUUGAGAAGCGUCGCGCUUCGCAGAUGGGUGGAGUGGGAAUUGAAGGCCUGGGUGAAGAAGGCGUGGAUGCUUCAGAGCUAGGCGGGUUGGAAUGCAGCGGAGCAUCCGGUGGGGCGUUCAAGUUCGCAGAGUGGGAGGGGGGCGAGGUCGAAUUUAUAGGGACCUCGGUUAGUAUUGGGAGGGCGCUGAUGUCGGAGAGUGAGAAAAGCGAUAGCAAUGGGCUGUCCGGACUCCUUCAGUGGCUAGAGAGUCUUCCAUGA